UAUUUUUAUUAUGUUUUCUAAAUUACUUUACAAAAUGUACCGGUUUAAUCCUUCAGUAAUUUCCAGGUAUUUAUACAAACUAGAUUUCCACCCUUCUUUUCGACGCUAUGCAAAAGACGUAAAAUUUGGUCCCGAUGUACGUGCACUGAUGCUUCAGGGAGUUGAUAUCCUAGCUGAUGCAGUCGCAGUUACUAUGGGGCCUAAAGGGCGCACAGUCAUAUUGGAACAACCGUUUGGCCCUCCUAAAAUAACUAAAGACGGUGUAACUGUAGCUAAAGGAAUAGACCUUCCUAACAAAUUUCAAAACGUUGGUGCUAAACUUGUUCAAAAUGUGGCACAUAAAACUAAUGUAGAGGCGGGAGACGGCACAACAGCUGCAACUAUUUUAGCGAGAGCUAUUGCAAGAGAAGGGUUUCAGAGAAUAUCCAAGGGAGCAAACCCUAUUGAAAUCAGGAGAGGAAUUAUGAUAGCAGUGGAUGCUAUAAAAGAAAGAUUAAAACAGAUUUCAAGGCCAGUUGACACCGCCGCUGAAAUAGAACAGGUUGCUAAAAUAUCAGCUAAUGGAGAUUCUUCCAUAGGAAAUUUAAUUUCAAAUGCAAUGCAGAAAGUUGGCAAAGACGGUGUAAUCACUAUUAAAACGGGCAAAUCAGUAAACGAUAAGUUCGAAAUGAUUGAAGGUAUGAAGUUUAAUCGUGGUUAUAUUUCCCCUUACUUUAUAAAUUCCCACAAAGGACCUAAAAUAGAAUACAACGACGCAUACGUUCUUUUUUCGGAGAAAAAGAUUUUUCACCUUCACCAAAUAUUGCCUGCCAUAGAAAUAUCCAACGCUAAGAAAAAACCUUUAAUCAUUAUAGCUGAAGACCUUGAUCCUGAACCUCUCUCAGUUUUAGUCGUUAAUAAAUUAAAAAUUGGCUUACCAGUAGCUGCAGUUAAGGCUCCAGGUUUUGGACAGUUUAGAAAAGACACCUUGUUGGACAUGGCUGUUGCCACUGGAGGAGUGGUAUUUGGGGAUGAUACGAAUUUAAUUCGAUUAGAAGACUGUGAACCUGAAAGUCUCGGACAAGUUGGGGAAGUUAUUAUUACUAAGGAUUCUACAUUGCUAUUGAAAGGUAAGGGCUUGAAACACCAGAUCGAUCAACGUAUUGACGAAAUUAAUGCUGAACUAGCAGAUAAAACUAACGACUUUGAGAAAGAGCAACUAAUUGAACGUGUGUCGAGAUUAAAGGCUGGUGUUGCUGUAUUACAUAUUGGUGGUUGCAGCGAAGUGGAAGCAAACGAAAAGAAAGAUCGCGUAAAUGAUGCUCUUAAUGCCACACGUGCGGCUAUCGCCGAAGGUAUAGUGCCUGGUGGCGGUAUAGCGCUAAUACGUUGUAUACCUGCUCUAGAAAUAAAACCCGAGAAUAACGACCAAGCCAAAGGGAUCGAAAUAGUUAGAAAGGCUUUAACUGCCCCUUGUGCUACAAUAGCCACCAAUGCUGGAUUUAACGGUGAAGAAGUAGUAAAUAAUGUCCUGGGACUUGGACAAGAAUUCGGAUUUGAUGUCUUAACUAAUGAUUACGUUAAUAUGUUUACCAAAGGUAUAAUUGAUCCCGCAAAAGUUGUACGAAGGGCGUUAAUGGAUGCGAGUGGUGUUGCUUCUCUAUUGACAACGGCAGAAGCAGUAAUUUGUGACUUGCCUAAAACCACUUCAGAAGAAUCUAAUGUCGAUUUGAAUGAGAAAUCGGACCUCAUGAUUAAAAGUAUUUAACAUGAUGAAAACUUUG